AUGCUUGUUCCUGAAUUGGCUCGAGCUACUGGAAUGACUGAUUUUCAAUUGAUGAAAGCAAUGAGCGAGUAUACCAGAUUAGCUCCGGAUCGUCGUAUUGAACGUCUGCGGGUAUUAAACCAGCGCUUGCAAUCGUCGAAAGAGAGCAUGGAUGUGCUAAAAUCGUGGAAUAUUAAACUUGAUUCAGCUUUGGUGGAAAUCCCAGCACGCGUUUUACCUCCUGAGAAAAUUGUCUUUGGCGAUCAAAAGCGUUUCUUAUGCGAUAGCCGAGCUGAUUGGACUCAAGAAUUCCGAAAAAACUUAAUGUACUCGCAUGUGGAUAUAAAGAGGUGGUAUGUGAUAACUCCACAGCGUAGUUUCCGGGAAACUGAAGAGUUUGUCAAGCUCUGCAUCCGUGCUGCCAGUGGGAUGAAAAUGAUUAUUUCCGAGCCUCGAUACGAUAAAAUCCCUGAUGAUCGCAAUGGGACAUACUCGCAAUCGAUCGAUAAUGCAGUAGCCAAAGAUCCACAAAUUAUAAUGCUCGUGCUCAAGGCUCCAAACGAAGAGAAGUAUAGCUGUAUUAAAAAGCGCACUUGUGUUGAUCGACCGGUACCAUCACAAGUUGUUACGCUGAAAACCAUUGCUCCAAGAAAAGAGAAAUCGAGUGGCCUCAUGUCCAUAGCCACAAAAGUGGUUAUUCAGAUGAACGCAAAACUGAUGGGCGCGCCCUGGAUGAUAGAGUUACCUGUUCGCGGAUUAAUGACCGUUGGGUUUGAUGUGUGUCAUUCGUCAAAGAACAAAAACAAGUCAUAUGGUGCUCUUGUAGCUACGAUGGCUAUGAAAUCAUCAACCCGCUACUAUUCUUCAGUAACCGAACACAUGAAAGGCCAGGAGUUGUCGGAUCAGAUGUCAAUAAAUAUGACAUGUGCCCUAAAAGCGUUCCGGGAUCAUCAUGGUACUUUACCAGAGCGAAUUCUGUUCUUCCGUGAUGGUGUCGGUGAUGGUCAACUUCAUCAAGUUGUCAACACUGAAGUGAAGUUUUUGAAAACUAAACUAGAUGAGAUUUAUAAAUCUGCAGGCAAAGAAGACGGCUGUAGAAUGGCAUUUAUUGUUGUAGCUAAGCGGAUUAAUACUCGGUACUUUGCCAACAAACGCAAUCCCGUGCCAGGUACAGUAGUCGAUGAUGUCAUAACGCUUCCUGAGCGAUAUGACUUCUUUUUAGUGUCGCAGGCUGUGCGUCAGGGAACGGUAUCGCCUACUAACUACAAUGUUAUACACGAUAACAUGGGACUAAGUGCCGAUAAACUGCAAAUGUUGGCCUACAAAAUGACCCACAUGUAUUAUAAUUAUUCUGGGACUUGUCGUGUGCCUUCCGUGUGUCAAUACGCUCACAAGUUGGCAUUUCUUGUAGCCGAAAGUAUUAAUCGGUCUCCAUCAUCUGGUUUAGAAAAUCAACUUUAUUUUCUUUAAACGCUUUGUAUGAGCAAUACUAUAUUUAAAAAAAAAAACAAUACUUAAUUAUGUUUUACUUAUGUAAAGUCAAAUUUUUAAUGUAAUUGUUUGACAAAUAUAAUUAAAAACCGAUUUGUACACUUCUACCUCGUCGUACAAUAAAAACAAUUU